UAAUAUGAGCUCUUAAUAAUUGCCGAACAAUAAGAUCCAUAAUAAAUAUUUACUGGUCGAAUUAAUGAGGAUGCUUACUUGGUACUUUAGCAUGGGGAGUCAUAGUCAGUAACUCACGAGAUUUUACGAGAAUAUGUUUUCGCAAUGUCCAGUCCCAGAUGUUUCAAUUUUUCUCUAGAAUCCCAAUUAAAGUUAUUUAUUAUUAUUUUUUGUAUUGUUUUCGUGGGUGUUGUAAAUAGUAACAGCUUGUGCAAGGACAAGAAAAGUUGCGAUGAAUACGAGAGCGAGGGUAAGGACGAAGAGAGAAAACUAAACAUCGAAGAUGUCGAGAGCCGAGUUUCUAGGCUGGAGCGACGCUUACGGGCAAUGGAACAACCAGUUUGGCAAAUUCGGGGCUGGCCGGAGGACUGGGAAGUUUGUGUAGAAGGUCCUUGUAAGUGCAGACCGGAAACAAAGUCCAUUUCUUGCUGGCGUUAUGGUCUAUUUGAUAUUCCGGCUGGGCAACUUGUUCCACAGGAUAUCAUUAAAUUGGACCUUGGGAGCAAUCAGUUGACGGCUUUGCAUAGGGAUACGUUUAGAAAUUUGACUGAACUAAAGGAUUUAGACUUGAGUAAUAAUAUGAUCGAACAUUUGCCAUUAAAUUCAUUCUACUCCCUCUACAGUAUCACCCACUUACGAUUCAGUAAAAAUUUACUCCGUGAUCUUCAUCAGAAUUUAUUUUUGCGUAUGCGUUAUCUCGAGAUUGUAGAUUUAUCUUCAAAUAAAUUGCAAACAUUACCGGAAGGUUUGUUCGUCGCGAACACAGCCCUCCUGCUACUAGACAUCUCUUCCAACAAAAUAUCAGAACUACCCACGGACAUUUUCUUCAAUCUCAAAGAGCUCGAAGAUCUCUUGCUUUCAAAGAACCAAUUAUCUCACCUCGAUAAGAAUAUCUUCAAGGACUUGAUAAACUUAAAGUGCCUCAAAUUGGAAGAAAACCACCUUCGCGAGCUCCAAAUUGGGCUCUUUGACUCGCUUGGAAAUUUGAUUGAACUGAUCCUUAGGGACAAUCAAAUAAAAGUUAUCCCUGCGGAUUUAUUCAUAAAUUUGGAGGCUCUAGCUACUUUGGAUCUAUCUAAUAAUUUGAUAAGUCAAUUAAACAAAGAAGCUUUUACUGGACUGAAAGCGUUGAAAGAAUUGAGGUUAGGCAAAAAUCAUAUAAAAGUCCUUCCGAAAGGUAUAUUUCUUCAGACACCUGCAUUGCAGCAAUUGGUACUUUACGGCAAUGCUUUAGAAAAAUUAUCCGACGGAGACUUUCAAGGACUGGGAAAUUUGACGUCUUUAUUUCUUCAUUCAAACCGAAUUCGUCGUCUGCAGUCAGAUGUUUUAAAAGAUACUCCUUUUUUGAAAAAACUACAGUUAGAAAGCAAUCAGCUGUCUUACGUGCCUGGCCGUUUUUUAGAUAGUGUACCAAUGAUUCAGCAGUUACGGCUCUCCCGUAAUCCUUGGCAUUGUGAUUGCGAAGUUGCUUAUCUCGCAAUGUGGCUCAGAAAGAUGUACUUCGCCCGGAAUAAUCACAACAUUAAUUCUAAUAAUCACAGUAUUUGGCAAUCUGGGGCCGGCGCAAUUUGCCUCGGUCCAGGAACUCUGGGCGGUAAAUUGGUUAUCGAAUUGACGUUUCAUCAGCUCUGCGACGGGCAAUGGGCUUCAAUGAGAGGAUUAGCGCCAAGAUUACCCGUCGAACUUCUCACCCCUUCGCCGCCCAAGUCUGUACAAUAAUUAACAAUUUGUCACUCAAAAUAAUUCUAAAAGUUAUUAAUUAUUCAAAUUAAUGUCAAAUAUAGAUAAAUUUUGUUGGAAAUAUUAA